GUUGUUUUUAUAUGAAUUGUUCCUCAGGAGCCAUUUUGAUAUGAGAGAGUCACAAACUGAAUAACACAUGAAAAAUAUUUCAUCAUGGAAAAACGCAAGACGUUUUUACAAGCUGUGUCUAAGGAAUUUGUUGAAGACUUUUUGCAAUUUGUUCAACUUGAUAAAGAUGUUUUUGACCCUUUCAAUUUAAAUGAGUUAUUAGAAGAGUUACCAAGGAAACAGAAAGAAGAAUUAUGGGAAAGACUGAAGAAUUUAUUAACAGAUGUGCUGCUAGAGACCCCGGUGGAUGAGUGGCAAAGGCAUGACAUGGAAUGUGAAGACCAUAUGGAAAUAGAAAAUGGCCCAAACAUGAAACAAACCUUUAAAAUCAUCUAUGCAGUUACGUAUGUGAUUAUUAUUUCAUUGUCUGUAGUAAAUGAAAAUGAAAAUUAUAAAGCUCUGCUAGAGUGUGCGAUCAUAUUGAAUGGUAUUAUACAUGCCCUGCCUGAAUCUGAAAGAAAUCUACAGAAUUCCAUACAUCAGCUAUGUGUGACUUGGUGGGAAAAAGGCCUGGAAGCCAAAGAAGAUAUGGGGAAAACUGCUUUUAUAAUGCUUUUAAAAAAGAGUCUUAAUACUAAAACAGGUGCAGACAUUUGUCGACUUUGGAAUGUUCAUCAGGCCUUACUUUGCUUUGACUAUGAUUUGGAGGAAAGUAAUGAAAUUAAAGAUAUGUUGCUUCAGUGCUUCAUGAAUAUUAAUUGUAUCAAGACAGAGAAGGGCAGAAGAUUUCUCAGCUUUCUAUUCAGCUGGAAUGUAAACUUCAUUAAAAUUAUCCAUGUUAUCAUUAAAAAACAAUUGCAGGAUUUAAAAAAAUCUCUGAUGGUUCAUGUUGCUGAAAUUUAUUUCAGAGCUUGGAAGAAGGCUUCAGGGAAAAUGUUGGAGGUAAUUGAAGAUGGUUGUAUUCAGGAUUUCAUGCAUCAUGGAAUUCAUCUUCCAAGGAGUUCUCCAGUGCAUUCCAAAGUACGAGAGGUGCUAAGUUAUUUUCACCAUCAAAAAAAAUUUCGUCAAGGAGUAGAAGAAAUGUUAUAUAGAUUGUAUAAACCUAUUCUUUGGAGAGGAUUAAAGGCCAGAAAUCCUGAAGUUCGAUCAAAUGCAGCAUUGUUAUUUGUUGAAGCAUUUCCCAUUAGAGAUCCUAACCUUAAUAAUGUAGACAUGGAUGAUGAAAUUCAGAAGCAGUUUGAAGAACUCUAUAGUCUUUUGGAAGAUCCAUAUCCAUUGGUCCGUUCAACAGGAAUUCUUGGUGUUUGUAAAAUUACUUCAAAAUACUGGGAAAUGAUGCCUCCAGUCAUACUUACUGACCUUCUAAGGAAAGUAAUUGGAGACCUAGCUUUUGAUACAAGCUCAGCUGAUGUUCGCUGCUCUGUUUUUAAGUGUUUGCCGAUACUUUUGGACAAUAGACUAAGCCACCCAUUAAUAGAACAGCUUCUACCAACUCUAAAAUACAGUCUCCAUGACAGUUCUGAAAAAGUGAGAGUAGCUUUUGUUGAUCUGCUGCUGAAAAUUAAAGCUGUCAGAGCUGCAAAGUUUUGGAAAAUUUGUAGUAUGGAACAUCUUCUGACCCGUCUGGAAAUUGAUUCACGCCCUGUGUCUCAGCGCCUAGUGCACCUUCUCUUUAAUUCUUUCUUGCCUGUUAAUCAACCAGAGGAUGUAUGGUGUGAACGCUGUGUCACAUUAAUACAGAUGAAUCCUGCUGCAGCCAGAAAGUUUUAUAAGCAUGCUCAUGAACACACUGCUGCCACUAACAUAGCAAAGUUAAUUCACGUUGUUCGUCACUGCUUAAGUGCCUGUAUCCAAAAGGCAAUAAGAGAGUAUCAGGAAGAGGACGAAGAAGUGGAAAAAGAGAACAUAACUAUGCUGGAGAAUACAUUGUCAAUAAAUGACAUACCUUCUAUGGCAGGAUUAUUGGAAGUCAUUGUUAUUUUAUGGAAAAGCAUUUGUAAAACUUUGGAACAUAAUAAAGAAGCAAAAGCUUACACCAUCAGCAAGUUUGCUUCUGUGCUUCCAGAGUACCUUAAGCACUUUACAGAUGAUCGUUGCAAGAUUCCAUUAUUUAUGUUACUGUCUUUUAUGCCAGCAUCUGCAGUACCCCCAUUCAGCUGUGGUGUGAUCUCUGCAUUGAGGAAUCAAGAAGAAGGAUCUGCAGAAACCAAGUAUCACACCUUAAUAGAUUGUCUUUGUUCUUGGGGACAAGUGGGACAUAUCUUUGAGCUUAUUUGUGAUUGGUUGCCAGAUGGAGAGUCCAAAAAGAAAAGUAAGCCAGCUUCUAAACGUCAAGUACGAAUUCAGGAUUUACAUCAGCCAAAGCCUGAAUUGGCAUUGGAUUACCUAGAGUACUUAUUGCUUCACAAUAAGAAUCGAGAUUUCCUGUUAUCUCUCCCUGAAAAGAGACUAAAUAGUCUUUUGAAAGCACUUGAAACUUCAAAGAAAGAUAUUUUAUCAGUUACCCAGUCAUCUGAUGCAAAGUUGCCUAACUUCAAUCAAGCAACUGCCAUACGAGCCUUUACUAUCUAUUGUCGAUUAUGUAUUCAUCUCUACCACAAGUUUUGCUCAGAAGAAAAGUUUUAUCUGUCUCUUUUGGAAGAAACUGGAUUUUGGAUAGAAAACCAAGUUCUACCUAUUAUUCAUCAACAAGAAGAGGAACACUUGAAGUCUUGCAGAGAGAUUUACCAGAAAACUAUUCAGGCCUAUGUUACAGUGUGUAAGGAUGCUGUAAUGAUUGGCUUUGGAGACUACAAGUUUCAUAUGCAGUUUUUAAAAAGAACUCUUGGAAUUAUGCAAACAGAGAAAGGGUAUUUUUGCAUUCCAUUACUCCUUUGUAUUCUCAAAGAAAUGACAGCAAGUUCUUUGAUUCAGAAAUCUGAUUCAAAUGAAGAAGUUGAAACUUUUUUUGAUUUGAUUCAGAAAGUGUUCCAGAAAAUAUUGGAAUGCGUUGCAUACAAUUUCAAAAAGCAAGAAGAAGAAGGCCUACAGUUACUCCAUUCUAUUCAAGUGCCUCUUGAUGAAUUUAUAAGUGCCGUCCAGUCUUGGCAUUUGAAUACAUCAGUACAUCAAGGAAUGCUUUCUACUCUCUUAGCUGCAGUAGUGGUUGAGAUAAGUCACAAAUUGCGAAAGAUUUCAGAUACAGAAGAGUUUGCAGUACCCAAAUGCCUUUCUGAUCUUCCACCAUUCUCAAGGUGUUUAAUGGGAAUCAUAAUGAAGUCUGUAAAUGUGGUUAGAUCAUUCUUAGAAGAAUUGACAGUUUGCGUAGCAUCGGAUGAAAUUGAAGGCAUUGUUUGCCUCACAGCUGUUGUAUGUAUGAUUGUGGUUAUUAGUAAAGGUAAACAUAAAGAUCCGAAGGUUAAGGAUGCUGCUGCCACUAUUCAAAGAAUACUGAACAGAUACAUGGAAAUUACCUUGGAAGAGGAUAGCAUUGAAAGAUCUCUUUAUGAAUCUUCUGUUAGAACUUUGGAUGAACUUUUGAAGCUAUAACUGAGGAAUCAAUUCUUUCCAGUAUGUAAAAAGGAAGAAAAUGUAUUGAUUUCAGAAAAUAUUUUAGACAUAUAAUGUAUAUAUUGUAUUUACAUUUUCAAGAAUCUCUA